GCCAGUUCACCAACUCCCUCCAGUUUGAUUAUAGUUAUAGCCGCCUACAGCGAAGGCUGUGAGCACCUCAGUGCCUAUUUCGAAAUCGUGGGGCAGAUUAAACCUUGACAACUCAAAAUCGUAACUAACCAACGUUGAAUAGCAUGUUUCGGUGCAAACCGAAUUUGAGUCAUGGAAUUAUGGUUUCUGUUGUGCCACAUGAGCUCGAGAACUUACUGCUAUUCUGAUGGGAUUGAUCCCAUGGCAGGGGGGGGGGGUUGUUGAAUGACUAAACAUGCUGCAUUGGGAGUGUCAACAGUGCAUUGGGAUUUAGUUCUAUGCGAGGUGCUAAAACCAUUAAAAAAAAGAAGGGGGUUUUCGAAGGAAUCAUCUUAUGGGAGGUAAUGAAGAGAGAAAUGUUGGGAAAUACCCAAACAAGGUGACGGUGUUGCUCUGCAUCGCGAGUGAUGACGUAACGCAUCGCCGCCACAGCCGAGAGCUUCCGCCGUCAAUGUGCAAGUGACCAAGUGACAAAGUUGUCGCUUCUUGGCCGAUCCCGCUUCGUCAUCUUCCUCGUCUCCGUCUCCGUCUCGUCCAACACCAACGUCAGACACCCUUCAUUUCAAUACGGACAUCAUCAUCACCCAAUGAUUUCCACAAUACCAGCAUGGCAGGACGCCCGUUAGCCGAGUAUAGAGACAUCGACGUCGAACUCGAGGCACUGGCCGAUACGCAGGACUUUGAAGGCCCGGACUCUCCGCUUCCAUUCCUCGACGACCACGAACACGACGUCGACGACGACCGCCAUCACAAUCACACCGUCGCUGGCAGAAACGUGCCAAGGACAAGAUCCAACAUGGCCAGCAUCGUGAACACCACACCGAAAUGGAUGAGAUCGGCGCAGCCUUGGGGCCGGUCUUGGGGGCGAGCCGCUCUGGCAGUCGUCAAACCACGCCUGACCUUUGCAUAUGUCGUUUUCGGCCUCAUCACACUCUACGUCUUAUAUUGCGCUGUUACCCGCUCUCCUCUUCUGGCGUCGAAGCUGCCGAGGUAUACGGGCCCCUUCGAUGUCGGCGCCAUAGACGUCGAGGUCCCCGUCCGGACACCUCGCACGACGAGCGACGCAGUCUUCAAGAGCAGCGGGAGACCGGCCUUUGAGCUCGAGACUGUGCUUUUCACCCUCUACUACCCAGCGACAAGGGGCUCCAAGGGUACCGGCCAUCACUACUGGGUUCCGAAACCCGUCAGCAUCACCGCCGAGGGGUACGCGAGGGCCGCCCACUUCAACAACUUCAUAUCGCGGCCCGUCUUCACCUUCUUCCUGUGGGCCAUCGCGGGGAGCAUCACGAUCCCCGCCCAGGUCGACGUCCCGCUUCUACCGCCAAUCAGCGCCGAGGGCAGAGACGAGGGCAGAGACGAGUUCCCGGUUGUGGUCCUGUCCCACGGCCAAGCCAGCUCGCGGACGGACUACACGCACUACUGCGGCGAACUCGCCAGCCGUGGCACCGUCGUUGCCGCCAUCGAGCACCGCGACGGCAGCUCCCCGGCAUCUGUCGUGACGACAGAGGAUGGCACGGAGCGCAGGGUCAUGUAUAUGGACCAGAGCGAGCUCCGGGGCGGCGACGAGAUGGACCCGGACGACUUCAAAUUCGAGCAGCUCGCCUUCCGACAAGCUGAGAUUGAGGAAACCGUUUCCGUGCUGCAGUCAUUGCACGCAGGCAAAGGGUCCGUCGUCUUCGCCAGCAACGCCCGCAAGGAAGGCCGCGACCUCGCACAGUGGGAGGGCAGGCUCAACCUCUCCCAGAUCGUCAUCGCGGGCCACUCCCUUGGCGCAACGGGUGCCCUCCAGGCUCUCAAGGGCGCUGCCUCGGCCCGGAAUCCGGCCGUCGGCGGCAUCAUCCUCGAUCCCGGCAAGAGCAGCGGCAAGCUGAACACGGACAUCGACGUGCCGGUCCUCAUCAUCCACUCGGACUCGUGGUCCAAGAAGUUGACAUUAUUCUUCGGGAGGCCGCACUUCGACACCGUCAGGGACAUUGCCCGAGACGUGCUCAAGCGCGCGGGCUCGAGCUGGUUCCUGACGAGCCUGCGAACGAGUCAUCCGAGCGUCACCGACGCGCCGCUGAUCGAGCCUUUGCUCUUGCGGUGGACGACGGGGGCCACGAUCAACGUGCAUCAGGGACUGAAAGAGUACGUCGGUGUAUCUAUGGAGUUUAUGGAUUUCUUGAGGAACGGCACGAGGGAAGGGGUGCUGGCCGAGGGCGUGACGCAUCAAAAAUACGGGAACGAUACCAUGAGCGAUGAGCAAAGGAGCAGGAUACCCAAGGCGAUAACUAAGUACUGGCAGAUUCACGUAGCACCUCCUCGCCAAGAAUAAGGGGGCAAUCAUAAACAGUGUUGCUGCUCGAUUUUAGCGCUUUCCGGACUUGAUCUGGCAUCGUUUCCCUCUCAACGUUGAAAGGACCCGAUGGAAGAUGGAUUCCGUAGUUUGUGGGCGAUGCGAAGCGUAGAAUCCCGUUUGCUUUUUGCUCAGUCGCGAUCACAAUUCGCCCCCCCCUCAAC